UCAUACUGUGCCUGGAGAGACAGAGAGUGUGAAAGGAAUCCAGACUGGAGGAACAACCAGCAGGAGAUUCCUAUCUGAGCAUCCAAAGGGGCUGCUAGUCUCACUGUAUGUCUGACUGUGCUGGACUCCACUCAAGACAAACUGUAAAGCAUCUAAAGAGGAUUUGGAGUGAGGACUGAGAUUUAAAGUGACAGGGUACUAAAGGAGCGCUCGCAGAUUUCUACACAUUUCUAUUAGUUGGACUGUGAGGAGCCAUCCGUUACUUUAAAGAACUUAUCCAGUUAUUUAGUCUGACAGACCACGCAAGCAAGUUACUUAGUGAGGCCCUAUUGCCACCGAAGCUGCUGCAGAAGAAAAGCGCAGGAGCAGAAGGCUGAAUCCCAUAUCCAGGAACAGCUCCCGUAACAGCAGCUCCAGGAGAAACAUCUCUAAGAGACUGGAGCAGUUCUACUGCAAAGUGGAGCAGGAAUCUCAGAGGGACCUGGAGAUGCUGAAGCACCUGAAGGAGCAAAAUCUCCAGGUUCUACACUUGGCCAUGGUCAGGGGAGCAACAUCAAUGCUAAAUGUUGACACCAUGACUGUGAGACGGGCAGCAGUGGUGACCAGGUAUAAAGAUCACUCAGUAAACCAGCCCAGCUCUAGGUUAAAGCUCUUGGGGAAAGAAAACUCUGAGUCUGGAAGAAUAUCUACAGUUCUUCAGGUUGAGAGGCAAGGUGAAUUAAAAAGUAUCUCUAAGCAAGGCGUAUUUCUGCAAAUAAGUCCACUCCAGAGCCUUGAUAACCUUCCAGGAGAAGCAGACACGGACGUUCUAGACUGGAACAUGCUCAGCCACAGAAUGAUCAUUAGUGACCAAGUCGUGGACCUCGGCGUUAAGGAACAAGGCCACAUCCUAAAGAAACAAGUUUCCUCGCCACCCCAAAAGAUCCCACUAAAGAAGACUUCCAGCAUCAAGGAUAAGAUUUCUGAAUGGGAAGGAAAGAAGGAGGCGCAGUCUCCCGUUCUGAGCCGGAAGGAGUCCGUGCACUUGAAGAGACAGGAUUCCUCAGGACCAGUUUCUGGAGAAACCGUUGGCAAUGGAAAGGUCCGACCAUCUCCUCUUCUCAGCAGGAAGGAGCCGGUGCCUGUUAAGAGGCAGGAUUCUACUGGACUAUUUUCAGCAGACACAGUGGUUCCAGAGGGUAAGACGAGGCCUAAAGGGAAUGUUAAGAGCAUGUUUAGUUGGGAGAUGGACAAUAAAGAGACUGAGCAGAAAGACUCAUCAAAGGUGGAGAAACCAACUGAUCGAGAGGCUGAUCUGAAUGUUGACAGAGAGACACCAUCUGGCAAUAAGAAGGACCAGACCACAGUCUUAAGCCAAGUGAAAAGGUUUGAGCGCUCCUUCAAAGACAGUCCAGCAGAUUUGCAACCCCAGCUCCCUGGAACCUAUUAUUCCCCACAGUGUCUGCUGGAGACAGAGAUCCAGGAGAACAGAGUUGGAUCAAAGAAAACUCAUGAAACUUCUGAACCCAUUUUUGGCAUGGUGGGAGAGGGCAGAGCCUCUCGAAGGACUAGCAAUGCCGAGAAUGUAUAUACAGAACCUGGAGCACAGGAGAAAAGGCUUCCCAUAAACCCACUGCCAAAACCCAGAAGGACGUUCCGACACGAAGGGGAGGGGGAGAUUUUUCCACUCCGGACAACUGGGCUCCGUAAAACGAACAGAGACUUGCCUCCCCUUCCAGUUAUACCUCCCCCUCCUCUGCCCACAUCUCCACCUCCAUCGGCCGUCAGCAGAAGGCUCUGGAAUGCCAAGCACAAGCACAAUGGGGACCACAGGAAGUCGUACGAGUUUGAAGACUUGUUGCAGUCGUCCGGGAAUGGCCGGGUGGAUUGGUACGCACAGACCAAGCUCGCUCUCACGCGCACUUUAUCGGAAGAGAACGUCUACGAGGAUAUUCUAGACCCCCCUUCCAAGGAGAAUCCCUACGAAGACAUUGAGACAGACAAUCAAUGCCUGGCCAAGAAAAGUGUCCCUACCUUCCCUAGUCCGACCCCCUCUAUCCCCGGGACCCCCACCAAGGUACCCCUGAAAAGCCCUUUCUUCAGGCAAAACUCAGAACGCCGUAGCUUUAAACUCUUGGACUUGAGAAAGCUGGGCAGGGAUGGUGUUUCCUCACCAAGCAAACUGAGCCCCCCGUCUUCUCCGAGCAGCCCAGACGACUCUUCCUUCAAUAUGGGAGACCCCCCAAAUGGGCGCAAGAGGAGGAAAAUCCCCAGGCUGGUGGUGAAAAUCAACGCUGUCUUCGAGGCUCGACGUGGUAAAAAAAGAGUGAAGAGGCUUUCACAGUCAACAGAGAACAAUUCUGGGAGAGUUACAGAUGACAACAGCGAGUCUGACAGUGACACAGAAGAGAAGCUGAAAGCUCACAGCCAACGCUUGGUGCAUGUCAAGUCCCGGAUGAGCCUGACGCCUCGGUAUCACACUUUGGAACGGGACCUGAUCGAAUACCAAGAGCGACAGCUGUUUGAGUACUUUGUGGUGGUCUCGCUGCAGAAGAAGCCGACUAGUAGCGUUUAUGUACCUGAGGUCACCCAGCAGUUCCCUCUCAAGCUGGAACGUUCCUUCAAGUUCAUGCGAGAAGCCGAGGACCAGCUCAAAGCCAUUCCGCAGUUCUGCUUCCCCGAUGCCAAGGAUUGGUCUCCAGUCAACCAGUUUGUUAGUGAAACAUUCUCCUUCGUCCUGACCGGAGAGGAUGGCAGUCGGCGGUUCGGUUACUGCCGGAGACUCCUGCCCAGUGGGAAAGGGAAGCGCCUGCCGGAAGUUUAUUGCAUAGUGAGCCGCCUCGGCUGCUUCAACCUCUUUUCCAAGAUCUUGGAUGAAGUUGAGAAGAGACGGGGCAUCUCACCAGCUCUGGUACAGCCCUUCAUGAGGAGCAUAAUGGAGGCGCCAUUCCCAGCCCUGGGAAGGAAAAUUACUGUGAAGAAUUUUUUGCCCGGAUCAGGAACUGAGGUGAUCGAGCUCUGUCGGCCCCUGGAUUCCCGGCUGGAACAUGUUGACUUCGAAACCCUGUUCUCCACCCUCAGUAUACGGCACGUCAUACAGAUCUUUGCCUCCCUUCUGCUGGAGAGACGAGUGAUUUUAAUGGCAGACACCCUCAGUACAUUGUCCAAGUGCUGCCACGCCAUGGUUGCACUCAUCUACCCAUUUGCCUGGCAACAUACCUACAUCCCUGUGCUUCCUCCCUCCAUGAUCGAUAUUGUCUGCUCCCCAACCCCAUUUCUGAUUGGUCUACUCUCCAGUUCCUUGAGUCGCUUGAAGGAGUUGCCAGUGGAAGAGGUUUUGCUGGUUGACCUGGGAAAUAACCGGUUCCUGAGACAGAUGGAAGAUGAAGAUUCAAUCCUACCACGAAAGCUGCAAGCUGCUCUGGAGCAAGUUCUGGAGCAGAGAAACGAGCUAGCAAGUGACAAAGAGUUGGCCUCAGCCAAUGGUCAGCAAGACUCCAGCUCCUUGAAUGACGUUGUGUCGGAAGCCUUUGUUCGUUUUUUUGUGGAAAUUGUGGGCCACUACUCCCUGUUUUUGGUGCCAGGAGAUCAAGACGAGAAGGCUCUGCUCCGAGAUGCCUUCCGCAAGUCUGUCUCGUCGAAGAGCCUACGCCGAUUUCUGGAGGUCUUCAUGGAGACACAGAUGUUUGGGGGCUUCAUCCAGGAGAGGGAAUUGAGGAAACAAAGCACCAAAGGUCUGUUUGAGGUUCGAGCGCAGGAAUACCUGGAGACGCUCCCGUGCGGGGAGCAGAGUGGGGUCAACAAGUUUCUCAAUCGAAUAGGAAAUAAAUUCUUUCGGAAUAAGAAGUAGGAUGGAGCAGAAUUAACAGCCCACAUUCACCGUAACCUAGGAACCAGCCGCCUCCAGCUAAUGAUAACAGACUCUUGUCCUGGAUUACCCAGAGAUCUCCCAGAAUCCUUUGCAUCUUGCAGUCCCUAAUUCCCCUGCAGUUCCCCCCACUAAAUAACGAGGCGCAGCCCGGGACGCAUGUUGCACGGCUGAGCUGUACAUUGUAUUGUGCACUGGACAGUGAUCUGAUAAGCUCAGUAUGGAAAUAUUUAUAUUGAGGACAAAUGAAAUCCAUUGAGAAAUCAAGGGGAAGUAAAGCCAAUAUUAUGUACGGUUGGAAGUAGGAAGUGAGUGAUGGAUACAGUAACGGACAAUGAGACUUAUUUCCCCUUUUUAUUAAUUGGAGCUGAUUAGUGACCCUUCCAAUCCUGCUUAUACUGACCACUAACCAUGCCCCGUCCUCCAGCGGGUUCUGCCCGGCCCUGGAGUUGCCAUUGAGUUCAACCUACAAAAUUGUGAUCUAUUUAUGCCGAGAUUGUGUUUGUACAGGUGAACGUGUUAUUAUAUGAAUGAAAUACUUGAUUAUCCAGGAACUGUAGGGAUCCUGUGACUCUAAAUCUGGGAAUGAACUACAAAUCCCAGCAUCCCUUUUCAGUCUCAUUGGUUAGAAUGCUCUUAUUGUAUUUAGCUAUACUAGGGUAUCCCCUGACUCAUCCAUGGGGAUUUCUAAAUAUACAGUUAUAGAGUUUAGAGACGCACAUUGCUUAGAGGAUAAACUCAAUUGUGACGGAACCUGAGCCCUAGGAACCUUCCACUUUUGAAUAUAAAUUAAAAACUGGGGGAUCCAGGGCCCACCUGGUCUCCACUACAAGGGCCCAGCUCCAUCACCCCAGCCGUGAGCUCCCCAACCGCCAAAAACCAGGCCUGCCCCAAAUUUAUACCUUUGGCUCACAAAGUACCUUUACUGGGUUGAGGCCCAGGAAGGCAGUAGUCUUGGGUCUGGGUUUUUUCCUGGUGCCCCGAUAGCCCAAUCUGACUCUGCCCCUGCUAUUUACCCAGGUACAGACCUUUAGUUCUCUGUACUUCCUGCUCCUGGGCUGUUCUCUUUCCCAUGGUCAGACAGGAACCAUCCCCUGGGUAAUUGAAUCCAAUCACCUCCAGUACUAACCCGGGUGAUUCUCUGUACUUCCUGCUCCUGGGCUGUUCUCUUUCCCAUGGUCAGACAGGAACCUCCCCCUGGGUAAGUGAAUCCAAUCUCCCCCAGUAAUUACCCAGGUACAGAGCUCUGAUUCUCUG